GGAAGCGGAAGUUCCCGAAGGCGGAGGAGGCAGCAGCAGCAGCGGAGGCAGCAACGCCGGCAGGAGGGCGGCCAUGGUGGACUACAGCGUCUGGGACCACAUCGAGGUGUCCGACGAUGAGGACGAGACUCACCCCAACAUCGACACGCCCAGCCUCUUCCGAUGGCGGCACCAGGCCCGAGUCGAGAGAAUGGAACAGUUCCACAAGGAGAAAGAAGAGGUGGACAAAGGGUGUCGGGAUUGCAAGCGGAAACUAGCUGAGUGUCAGAAGAAGAUAAAAGAGCUUGAAUUGGCCAACGUAGAUAGCACCAAAAGUGAGCUGCAAAGGCUGCAGGCUGAGGCACAGCAACUCAAGAAAGAAGAGAAGAGUUGGGAAGAGAAGGCGGACGAUCUCAGGAAGAAGGAAAAGAACAUGCCUUGGAAUGUGGACACACUCAGCAGAGAUGGCUUCAGUAAGAGUGUCUUCAAUGUCAAGGCGGAGCAGGACGAGGAGUCAGAAGAACAGAAAGAGAAAAAGCACAAAACAUAUGUGGAGAAGUAUGAGAAGCAAAUUAAACACUUUGGAAUGCUGCGGCGCUGGGAUGACAGCCAGAAAUAUCUGUCUGAUAACCCGUAUCUUGUGUGUGAAGAGACAGCCAAUUAUUUAGUCAUUUGGUGUAUCGAUCUGGAAGUAGAAGAGAAAAAUGCCCUGAUGGAACAAGUGGCUCAUCAGACCAUAGUGAUGCAGUUCAUCCUUGAGCUGGCCAAGAGCCUGAAGGUUGACCCUAGAGCUUGUUUCAGACAGUUCUUUGCUAAAAUCAAGACUGCUGACCAGCAGUACAUGGAGGGUUUUAAUGAUGAACUGGAAGCCUUCAAAGAACGGGUGCGGGGCCGGGCUAAGGCACGCAUUGAGAGAGCCAUGAAAGAGUAUGAAGAAGAAGAGCGCCAGAAACGACUGGGGCCUGGUGGCCUUGAUCCUGUAGAGGUGUAUGAAUCGCUCCCACCCGAGCUCCAGAAAUGCUUUGAUGUGAAAGAUGUACAGAUGCUUCAGGAUGCUAUCAGCAAAAUGGAACCUGCUGAAGCGAAAUACCACAUGCAGCGCUGCAUCAGUUCUGGCCUGUGGGUGCCAAAUGCCCGAACAGCAGAGGGUGCAGAGAAGGAUGACAAGCCAGAUGUUGUCUAUGAGGAAUUUAAGAAGGAGACUUGUGAAGAAGACAAAGGAAGCCCCUGAACCUUUGGCGCAGAUUUCUUUAAAGCAGACUUCUCCUGUCAUCUUCUCUCCUUCCUUUCUUUUACACCAAACUAUUCAGCGAUGAUGUGCUUUUACACACUUCAUGAAUUAUAUGAGCUGCUUCCUGACUAGCUCUUGCUCUUUCACCACAUCAGAAGCCCCUCCCUGUAAGCCCUGCAGAAUUGUAAGGAAACUGUCGGAAGGCCCUGUGUUCCAUUUUAGGGGAGGGUCUGCCACACCGUGCAGGCUCACAGGGGCCUGGCAGGUCCACCUUCUCUGUCUUGUGGUAAUGCCAGUUGGUGUCAUAGCUACAAAUGUGCUGUUAUAUCUUUUUGUUUGGCAACCAGUUAAAGGCUAUUGAGCAAAUAAAAAGACGGAACUAGCUGAGAGUGGAACGGA